AUGGCUAGUCAGAACGAAUAUGACAACGAUUUCCCUUUUGACGACGAUGUCGGCGAUGUCGACGAUGAUUACCCUGACGAGGACUGCACCAAUGAAAUGUCCAUGGACGAACACCUAAUGGCCAGCGAGGACGAAGACGGGGACGACAGCGACAACACUCUCCCUGCAGCAGGUCCUUGGAGCAGCACCGAUGCGACGUACGUGACAGUCGUAGCUCUCCAGACCGGUGACAUCGGUUAUAUGAAUCCCUCGAACUUGGCACUAUAUCCAAUUCUGAACAAUGCGACGACGCUCUUCUACACGGAGUUUCAAUACCAGGUCGUGAACGACUCUGCGGCAUCUGAGCAGGAAGACGACGAGAUGCUCUCUGCACCAAAGAAGUCGAGAUCCGAAACAGCUCGGGACGAGUUUGUUCUUGGAAACAUGAAGACAACUCAAUCCAUUAUGCCAGGUCCCAAUGCAACAGGAGUGGAGGACGGUCCGAGAUCUACCAAGCUCAGGACGUUGCUCACAACAGCUCAACUCGGCAAGUCUCCUGUUGGAGUCUCGAUUGGGGGUGUCGAGACCUCUUUCACUGUGAACUCAGCCCUCUAUGACACGCAACCUGAUAAACCAUUCAUUGUUUCGGCACAUAAAUCCGUUCCUGAUCACAACAAACGCGGCCUGAUCAACGGUCCCGAUUGCACUGACUGCUCUCCGCCACCAACGCCCCCAGUCAUGGAUCUGAUCAGGCAAUCGCCCUUAGCAAGAAUUCUCGAAACAAGGUCGUUCAAAGAGCCGAACAAAAAAGCCAGCAAAUAUCUGAACCUAGACUGGAGCAGAUAUCCUCAGGCUAGUUAUGUUGCAGCGCACCUCUUGUCUGGAUCGGUGAUCACUGUCGCAUAUUUCACCAGAGUCCAAUGUAUUUCAUAAAAAGUGAGAAGUGUACCUCCAGCACAGCAUAUCAAAAUUCGUACAAAUAAAUGCCCUAAUCGGUGUGGUGUGUGGACCGAUAUCUCUUUCUCACUCAAUUUGGCAUAUAGACAAAGGAAUA